AUGGAAGGGGCUCAGGCAAGUGAGAGACUUGCAGAGAGCUCUGGGAAUGCAGGGCUGCUGAGUGGCUAUGGGGCUGUUCAGGCAGCAGUGACGUCUACUUCGGGGAGCUUCUCUGGAAGGGCUGUUGAAGGUUCAGUUCAGGAGGGUCAGACCGAAGUUCCGGAUGUCGUUGUGGAAGGGCCUGUAGUGGGCCAGACGGAUAUGCCUCAGGCCACCAGUGGCAUGAGUACAGAGGCCCCUCCGAGCGGUGCUGCUGCGGAUUCGGGAAGUUCCUCUGGCAGGGAUGUUUUUUAUUCAGCUGGAAGGACGACGCCGCAAGACACUGCUCAGGUUGCUCAGAUGAUUCAGGUCCAAGGACAACCACAGCUGUUUGGACCGGAAGCCAACUUCCGGCUGGCGCAACUGGAAAGGGAAGCCCCUCACUUGUAUGGAGGCGGGAUCCCUAUGACUUCAGGAGCAGCCAGAUCGGACUCUUCUGGGUUCAGCGCUGGGGAGAUUCAGGCAGAGGUUCAUCGGCAGCUUGAGCUUGUUCGGAGGGAGCAUGCACUUCAGAUGAGAGCAUUGGCAGCAGAGAAUGAAGCCUUGAGGAAUAGGUCUCUGCUGUUUGAGGGCCGAAGGCCUGUACAGGUAGAAUCCUCUGGUGCGGGUUGGGGAAAUCAGGCCUCAGGAGAUGCCCAGGUCCUUCUUCAGGGCACGGGUCUCUCUCCAGAUGCAGCUGGCAUUCUGGCAGGUCUCCAGGCUUUGGUGUCUCAGCAGAACGGAAGUUCGUCUCCGACUGAAGGGAAGGCGGAACAGGUGAAACACUCUUGGUCGGAGCUUCCGAAGCUUCCAGAGCUAGGACCUGAGUCCUCCCUUGCGUUUUCGGACUGGCUUCACCUAGUCGCCCCACUGGUCGAGGACAUGUCAGCCACGAGUGCUCAGUACUGGGCCCUUCUCACGCGAGAGGCCGAAGAGGUUUACCGAAGGUACCUAGCUAGUGACCCCAUGGGCAGGAUUUCACUGAAUCCAGUGGAAACCCCGGAGCUUAAGUCCCCGGUUUGGUCCAGACUCGCCAAGCGCUUGGAGGCUCUUUUGAUCACGGCAGCUCCGAAGCAGGUGCGCGAAGAGUUGGUCCAGAGCCGACUCAAGUCUCCACUUCACCUUCUCUACCGCCUUCAUGUGCUGUACGCCCCGGGAGGUGUACAAGAGAGGGAGCACGCCCUGCGCAGCCUCCAGCACACGAGCUCCGCUACCACUCCCCAGGCCGCUCUGGAUGCGCUCCGCCAAUGGAGACGGUGGCUCUCUAGGACCGAGGCCCUUGGAGGUUCGUUGCCCGACCCGGUGAUCCUUAUCAAAGCACUGCUGAACAUAGUGAAGACUGUGCUGGAGGGCAAUGCUGAGGUGCAGUUUAGAAUGGGACUUGUGAAGGCAGCCCUGAGAGCUGAGACGGCCCCUACCGUCGCAGUGGUCCACCAGCUCCAUGCGGCCUUGCUCUCUGAGGUGGAAGGCCUAGCUAGGACUCAGACCUUGAAGCCGAAGGCGACUCCCUCUGCAGCCGCAGUGAAUGAAAAGGCUCUGGGAAGUCAGAGUCCUCUGGAGGCCGGACAGCAGCCCAAGGCAGCAGCAGUGGCGGCCCAGGUUGCAACCGCUCAAGACGCCAAUUCGAGCCAGGUCCAGGCCCUCUUGGAUGAUGCGGCGAAGGUUUUGAAGGCCAUACAAGCGCCAGGGAGCCAGGUGAGGGAUCCACCCGUUGCACCGAGGGCGGAGGCAGCAACACCAAAGGCGGCUCCAGUGCUUCAAGGAACCCCUGUGACGGUGGCCACUCUCCAGAGUCACUUGGAUGCCAUUCGGCAGGCCAUCCCAGAGGUCCAGCAGACUUCUGAGAAGCCUUCGAUCAAGGCCAUUGCAAGCUUGGCCAUGCCCUUGGAGGAGGAAGGUCCGCUGGAGGAGGCAGACCCCGACGAGCAGGUGGGCUUGUUGGACAGCGGUGCGACGCAUGCUGUUCGUGCGCGCGAGGAAAGAGACCAGGAUCUCACUGCAACGGAGGUUGUUUUGGCCCGUGCUCUAGAGUUGAUCCAACAACUCGAGGAGCGACGCCUUGAGAAACUACGCGGGCAAGUGGAUGAGACGGAGGCCGUGCUCCGAGCCCUCACUUCCAAGGUGCCGCUGGUUAAGGCGGUAGAUAGGGCUAAGGAGGAAGGUACGCGAGCAGAUGUGAUGCAGACGGCCCUUUCGUGCGGUGUUUUUGAGCACCACCACCUCCAGUCCAUAGCUACCACAAUCCCCAGGGAGGAACGCGAGCUCCGGCACACCCUGAAAGGCUUGUCACUUCCCCGGCGCCGCCGGCGAGCACUGGAGCAGUCCAAGGAUUGGUUUGUGAACCUUCAAUUCGGGAAGGAGCCAGCGGCGGUCAGUGAGAAUGUGCUCUCGGCGUGCCCCGAUGCUCAAGUGCUUCACAUCGACUUGUCCAAGCCCCAUAACAACCUUGAGCCAGGAUCUCCCCUGAGAGCCUCCCUUGCCUGGGCAGCCCUUCAUGGAAGGAUCAUCGGUCUGUCAGCGGACCUCGCCUCUCGAUCCGAGCUUCUGGUCCAGGUUUCAUGGUUGUGGGCAGUGGCCUCCGCCGGUAGGGGUUAUACGGUUCCCUUAAUGACCCUUUCGCACUCCGCUAAGCUCUUCAAGGAUGAGUGGUGGCCGAAGUUCCAGCGUUGGGCCCACUUAAAGCAAGCCUCUGCGAUAAGAGGAGCCGUGACUGUGUUCACAAACUGCCGGACCGAUUUGGUCGAGACAUGUGAGAACCGUUCCGUUCUCCCGGAAAGGGUCGUGCAAUCCUUUCAGCCACAACGGCCGCAACCGGUCUCCGAGGAGGAGUUGAGAAGGAUCGAUCAAGAGGUGCGUGAGUCACUCCGCCUAAUCAGGCCCUCAAUUGCUUCAGGUGGCCAGGUUCCAGAGGCCCAAGGUGUUAAGCAAGCGGUACCGACCGCGGCCGCGCUAGAUGUCGAAGGGUGGAGACGCCACAUCGAGAGCGGACACCUCCCGUUCAACAGGAAGUGCAAGGCCUGCGUUAUGGGGUCAGGGGUAGGACUGCAGCACCGCAAGGUGGCCCAUCCAACCUCGUUCUCCCUUUCACUAGAUGUCCUGGGGCCCAUCCAGAAGGGAAUCUUUGAAGACUCAGUUGCAGCCCAGCCAAGGCACAAAUAUGCCCUUGUGGGGGCGUACAGAGUGCCUGAGGACGUCCUUCGGAGAAGAUGGGAUCCUAAGAAGGACCUGAAGGAUUUGUUCAGGGACACCACGCUUGAGUUGGCUUCCGCGAAUGAGUACCUUGGUGGUGAGUUGAAGGGGGCCGAGCCCGAGCCGGCGCCGUCGGACCCUUUGCUUCCGAUCCAAGAAGGGCAGGAGGAGGAGAUGCGCGAGGAAGAAUGGGACCAGUCCGAAAGGGGGCCUGAGGAAUCUCUCGUGAGCGUUGAGCUGGAGGCCGAGUCCCACUCUGGGGAGACCCUCCAACAGGCCAUAGAAACCCUCAAAGACCCAGUUCCCCAGGUCGUGCUUCGGUUUGUUAGGCCAAUGACCUCCCGCAAGGGCCCUUCCCUCAUGCCGGCCAUCCACUCCAUGGUUCAGGAGAUAAACAAAUUAGGCUUCCCAGUGAAGAAUGUUCACUCCGACCAGGGCCGGGAAUUCUUGAGCGACAGCUUGAGGCUGUGGUUGUCCAAAAUGGGAGUGCGCGUCACCAUGAGCGAAGCUCAUGAUAAAAAGGCCAAUGGCCUGGCAGAACGCAUAGUAGGGUGGUGUAAGCAAAGAGCCCGUUGCCUGCUGAACAGUGCCGAGCUCGAGCCAAGCUUCUGGCCCUACGCUAUGUCUCAUGCCACCGCCUCACACCAGGCCUCCCUUAUAGGAGACACUCCGCUCCCCCACUUUGGGAAAAGGAUAGUGUUCAAAAGGCCGAUGUUGCCUGGCAACUUCAAGCCCUGGGACCAUUGGUCUGAAGGUCGAUACCUCUCCCCGUCCAUCCUUGUGCCUGGAGGACACUCUAUCCUCAGACCGGAUGGCAAUACCACGGUUGUGAAGAAUUUCAGGGAUGAUUUAGUUGACCCUGAGGCCUUGGUAAGACAGCGGGAUGAGGAGCUAAAGGAGGCAGCGGAGGUAGCUGCAGAUGCGUCCCUUUCGGAAGGAGGCCAGGAGGAGUUGUUUCCGGAACUCUUUGGCCCCGAUGGCCGGGAGCCCACGGGAUCAUUAAAGGAGGUGAUAGGAGCAGGCGUAGGAGUGAUAGACCCUGGACCCGCAGACUCCGAACUCCCUCCACCUAGCCGUCUAAAGGGAAAGGGUCCAAGGUUGAGGCCGAGGCCACGCCUUGCUGCUCUCCGGGAGCAGGAGCCAGAAGAAGAAGAGGAUGAAGAAAGUGAGGAGGAGAGCGAAGAACCGGAUGAGGUGACGGAUGUAGAGGCCAACACCAUAUCUGAGGGUCAGAUCUCAUCCUUGGGAUCCUCCUCCUCGUCAGGGCAACAGUUCCCUCGCAGCUUGGGAUCCAUCCAGGAUCCGGUGAUCAUCCGAGCUCUUGUGAGGCUCAGCCUUGAGUCCAGAGCCCAGGGCCUCUAUGAUUUGGGAGUCCAUGAGGUAGGCGAUCUGAACUACGUCUUCAGAACAGACCUUGUUGAGGAAGGCUGGACUGAUCACGAGGCUACUGUGUUCCUCCAUGAAUGCGGCCUGAUUGCCCCAGCCCAGCGUUCCGAGAACCCAAGAAGCGCCGGGUAUGUUGAGGGUCAAGUUGGGUUGAUAGGGAGGGAAGAUGAGUUUCCUCGUACUAUGGGUGCUAAGGCCCGUGCUCGCAGGGAAGCAAGGGAAAGGGCGGAAGCCCUCCGCGUGCAACCACGUGCGCCAGGCUCAGAUGCAGGAGCCACUGCGGGCUCAACGGAGCCUCCCGAGCCCCGUCACAACCCCCGCAUCACCCGUCCUAUCCUGGACCAGCUUCCGGCGAGAUUCUAUGAUGAAGUGAUCGCCAAUCAGCCCAUCUCUAGAGACCUCCUCUCCCGUGUAGAGGAGGAGGCACAUGACGCCGACCUAACGAUGGAACCGAAUGAUGAGGAGUAUGCCCAGAAUGUCUUUCAGACCACCAGGUCGAGAAUGAGUUGCAACCCUAAUGGGGUCACUCCGGUUGUAGGCCGUCUGAUGCUCCGGAAGUUUGCCAGGUUUAGGAAGGAUAGCUUUGGGUUAUUGCCUCCUGAGCAAGAGCCUGCCCUGGAAGCUGCUUCUGAAGAGCUCGCGUCAGCACUGCUGGAGCUCGGACCAGGGAUCUCAACACAAGGGGUCGAGCAGAUGGUGCGACGGCUUCCUUAUGAGACCCCUCAUCCUGCCCUGGCCGGGGAUCAGACGUCAGGGGAAGGGGGCCGCGCAUUCUACUGUGGUGCUAUGUGCAGAGGAGGGAUCUCCUCCUUGAGAAGGUCUUGUGCGGAGAACCCGCUUGCCAUCAAGUGCCUUACCAGGCUUCUCCGGAGAGCCUUUCCCCACAUGUGCUUUUCCUCGGCGGCAGUUCUAGAGGAGGUGAUGGCACCCCCACACCGGGACUCCAGAAAUGAGGCAACUCCAAACUUGAUCUUGCCUUUGACCAGGUUUGAAGGUGGCGCAGUGUGGGAGGAAAAUGAGUUCGGAAAUGUUUUGAGGGAUGUCAAGGGCAAGCCCACCGCGGGCCGACUGCUUGAUGUUGCAACGGGACCCCAGACCCUCCAGGCCCAUUCGAAGUUCCACCUCACCGAGCCGUGGGCAGGCAGAAGAGUGAUCCUGGUUGGGUAUACGGUUUCUAGGAUAGAGUUCCUUAGUGAGGACCAAAGGGGCAAGCUCCGGGAAUUGGGUUUCGUGUUACCCGGGGACAUCACUGCCGGAGAGGAGGGCGAGCCAGCCCUUAGGGUUAAUAGGCCCGAGAUUAGGAAGGUUGAGGCCAUUCCCCUUGCAAGAGAACCCGACACGUGGAGGGGACAAUAUGAGUUUACCUUGGUGUCGGAGGAGACCUUCCGCGGGUACUUGCGAGGAAACAGGGGAAGGGAGGACUGGGAGCGCGCCACUCAAGGUGAGUUCUUCCGAGGAGGGCACGUCAUUGAUGAAGCCACUCAGACGAUGUUUAGGGCCAAUGAAACUCAUGAGAGAUUGGCUGUGGCAGCAGUGACCAGUGGUGUCAUUCAGAGUGGGAUCCACAACGGAGACAUGAUUCUCCGAGAGUAUCUCGGUGAUCCGAGAGACCACGGCCCUUCCGAGCCGGAGGAACCAGUCCCUGUGGUAGAACUACUGGGUCAGGUCAGGGACCUGUAUGCCGACUCCCGUAGUCCCCAGGAGUACCACAUUGGGUUUAGGCUAAAGAGGACGACGGAAGAUGUAGAUAGGGAAGGCAACUACUUAGGGGAUCAGUUCUUCUUUGUGAGAUGCCUCAUGCGGGCUUCCCAAACUCCCCAGACCGUUGCGGAUGUUGAGAUGAUGUCCAGAGUUCUCCGAAGGGGGGACCGACGCCACCGGGCGUCGUACGAAGGGGCUGGAGGAGCCUACUACUUCUCGAGCAUCCCGCUGCUGCACGGCUCUGAGAGCAACCAAGGACGAAGGGGUCCCGCGACCGGGUCCACUCAGUCUUCCAGCUCCAGGGGCCCCCAUCCGUAUGUCCGUGCACUGAGUCCUACGACCGCCUCCCCUUCCCGAUCUGAAGGAACAGGUUCCUCAGAUGAAAUGAGGCCUAGCGGUGAGCCGAGUUCUUCACCUGCCAGUCCCACCAUUCCGGUGUAUAGGCUAGACCCCGCGGUUCUAAUCCCCUCUUCGCUGUUGCUUCCGGCCUCUGUUGCUCCACAAUCAGAGUGCCGGCCUUCCCUUGGACGUCAAGGGCAUGAGGAUCCGGAGGUAAACAAGAUAGAGGUUUACACCAAGGAUGUAGAAGCUAAGCUUGAGGCACUGGGAGAUAGCUCUCUGGAAACCACCUACACAGUUUCCCCAGCCGAAGCCCGGAAGCACGCUGAGCGGUGGAGGGCCGCGUUGCUUGAAGAGCUCAGGUGCCUUGAGGAAAAGGGAGCCAUCAUCCGGAGAAAGGGAGCCGAGGCCCAGAAGCUCCUAUCGGAUCCCGAGGCCGUCACCCUGCACUCCAAGGGAGUGUAUACGGUCAAGCCCGGCAAAUACCGGCCAGAUGGGCCGAAGCAGGCUUUCAGAAGGAAGGCGAGGAUCGUAGCGUGCGGGAAUGAGUCCCGAUACACCGACACCGGCGACGUCUAUGCUGCAGGCGUCGCAGGCGACGUCCUGCGCGCUGCACUCCUGAAAGGAGCCAGUAGGCGGUGGAAAGCGUUCGGCACUGACGUGCAUACUGCCUUCCUGCUAGCGCCGUUAGGUACCACCCGCAGGUACCUGUUGCAGCCACCGGCAAUCCUCAAGGCGUUAAAUCUCAUCUCCGAUGGGGAGAUAUGGGAAAUAAACCGCGCCUUGUAUGGCUUGAGGGAGAGUCCGAGGUGGUGGACAGACUACAGAAAUGCUGCGCUUACAGGCCUCACCUUCCAGCUGCGCAAUGCCGAGACUGGCAACCUUGAGCCUUACCGCUUGGAACAGGGUAGCACUGAAGGGAACGUCUUUAAGAUAAGGGGUCCCAAUGGUGAGCUGGAAGGACUUUUGGUGUGCUACGUUGAUGACUUCCUCAUCCUGUCGAGCGAUCCUGUGGCGAAAGCCCUCUACGAGGCAAUGUGCACCCAGCUGAACUGGGAGUUGGAUCCCCUCCAGGAGGCCACCCGACAGAACCCCCUUAAGUUCUUAGGUGUAGGAAUAAGCCCUUUGGAAAAUGAGCCCGGGUUCGCGCUUGACCAGAGGUCCUACAUAGAUGAGCUCCUCGCCAAGAAUGGGUUUCAGGGCAGAGGCAGUAACAUCCCCUGCCCAAAGGAGUUGCUGUCAGAUGGUGACUUGGAAGAUCCUGAGGACGUAAGUUACCCAACGUCUCUAAGGGAGGCGCAACGCCUCACCGGCGAGCUCCUGUGGCUAGCUCAGAAGAGUCGUCCCGACGUCUCCUUUGUGGUGCAAUACAUGGCAUCGCACACCAUAGGCCGCCCGCGACAUGUGUGCGACGUCGCACAAAGAGUGUUCAGGUACCUCUCCCUGACAAGGGAUAGGCAUCUCCGCUUGGUGCCAGAGGCCGAAAAGGGACUCGAAGUUUUCACUGACGCUUCCUUCGCGCCGACCGGAAAACACAGUCAGGGAGGGAUCCUGAUCAAGUAUAUGGGAUCGACGAUCCAAUGGAAGGCGUCAAAACUUCCGCUGAUUGCGAUUUCGUCAGCAGAAGCAGAGUUGCAGGCGCUAAGUGAGGGUGCCAUCUAUGGACAGUCGCUGCAGGCUGUCCUGCGGGACAUCACCGAUGAGCCUCCUUCCCUCGCGCUGCUGUGCGAUUCCACUUCCGCUAUAGCCCUCGCCGAGGGCGGGUCCAGUCAGAGGACAAGACACCUUCAGGUCAGAGCCGCCGCGCUCACGCAGCAGCUAGGGUCCUCAAUGACUUUAGAGCACUGCCCGGGGGACGUGCAGUGUGCUGAUCUCCUUACGAAGCCCCUUGCAGGGCCUAGGCUUCACGAGCUGUCCCUCCUUGUAGGCUUGAGUGAUGAAGCUGAGCCUCCUUCUGUUGGGAAGGUUGAGGUGUUGUCUGGAUGCGGAGGAGCCUUGAGCAAGUGGCUCACAGCGCUCACUGCCUUUGCACAGGUCAUGCCAGGCUCAGGCCAAGGUGAGGAGGAGGAGGACUUCCAAGGUGUGACGAGCGACCUCUCGCUCUAUGUGGCCCUGGUUGUUGUGAUCAUAGCCAUAGUAGGCCUUUGGGAAGGGAUUAAGGUUGUAAGUAGGUCCUGCCGAGGACCCCCGUCGCCCUCCAUCCGGGCUCUGAGGAAGAAAGACCGUCUUGAAAAGGCCGUGCGAGAAGCCCUCGACAAGGAGGUGACUUCGUCUACUCCGUCCUCCUCAGAUCAGCCGAUCAAGCGAAGGGGGAGACCAACCUCCCAGCCUCCGAGCGCCCAAGGGCACUCUACCGCGACUUCAUCUACUACAACCACGACCCUGCUGCAGGUCUCGAGGUUUUCUCAGACUGAGGUUUUAGAUGGAGGCAGGAUCACGAGGCGGAGCCAAGGAGUCCAGACGGACCCCGAUGCUCAACACCAAGUGUUGAUGCCACCCACCGGUGUAAACCCGGGAGCGGUGAUGACUACCAUGCAAAGAGGCGGAGUUGUCCACCUCUUCAACGACUGCGGGACCCUCGGAACACCGGGGUACAGGCAGGAGCGCACCUUCUGCCGGCAGUGCCUUGCAAGGGCGAACCUUCGCCCCUAG